AUGAUGGCCGCAAUGGCAAGUCUCGCGUUGCUGCUUGUUAUGUGGUGCGGUUGCCAGAGCGCAACCCAGCCACAGGGAGCCUGCGCUGGCAACAGCGGUCUUGGCCUGAUUCAAAGGUUGCCAGCGAUCAAGAAAUUCGAGCUGGACCAUGAGAGCUCUGCCACCCAAGAGCCGGCUUUCUUGCCGGUGGAUGGCGGGGUUGGUCGAGCUUGUCGUGGGGCAAGCACUGGCGACAACAAGCAAGAGUACUUCCAGGUCUUGUCAGCCAGCGACAUCGGAGCCUGCAAGGCGCUCUGCGAAGGCGCGGCCGGAUGCGUUGGCAUCGAGUACCACACGUCCGGUCGCUGCGAGGUUUGGACGAAGAAGGAAGGGAUCCAAGCAAGCAUCGAGCUCACCGGCUACACCUGUCUCCGGUACGGAACCGAUGGCUUCCUGCCGGUGGACGGAGGCAGCGACCGGGUGUGCCGAGGUGGGGACAUCCACGACAACAACCCGGCACAUUACAACAUCUCCAGUGGGACCGAAGCGCAGUGCAAAGCCCUGUGCCUGGACAAUCCAGCCUGCGUUGGCAUUGAGCACGCGGGCACCCGCUGCGAGGUGUGGUUCCGGCCUGAAGGUAUCCAGGCCAGCCAGCCCGGUCCUGGCUCCAAAUGCUUGAAGCUCGAGUUCACCAAGGUGGAGGCUUCGGACAACAUGGCCUGCCGCGGCGCGAGCCGAAGCGACAACAACCCGAACCACUAUGUCUUGAAGAGCGCAUCAUCCCUUGGAGCUUGCAAGGAGCUUUGCCGGACUUCCUCGGCCUGUGUGGGUAUUGAGUACAUCGGCACGCGCUGCGAAGUCUGGACUCGCCCCGAGGGCAUCGAAGCGGGCUUCGGCCUCACAGGGUACACCUGCCUGAAGUACCACGGCGGCUUGAAGCCCCCUCCCAGCACAAAGCAGGAGAGAGAUGCUCGAUUCUUGAUUCAGGCCACCUUUGGCCCGACCCUGGCGAGCAUCAACGGCUUCAACAUCAGCUAUCAGACGUGGAUCGAGAGGCAGAUGGCCCUGCCACCAAGCUACCACAGGGAGUAUUACCGCAAGCGAGUCAACCCUCGGCCAGUUCUCAGUGCCUCUUCUAUGGCAUCCGGCAGCCCCCUUUCCAGGUGCAACCCAGGAUCCAGAUGGGUCAACCAUGUCAUCUUGAGGACCGACAAGUACCGAAAGAUCAAAGUCCAAAACGACAAGAUCUACAUCGACGACUUCUUCCGGAGCGACGUCGAUCCAAAUUAUCUGGGUAAUGGCUUGAGACAGCCGGACAACUGCAGCGACAUCCCGCCAAAGGACUGGGUGAACAACGGCUACACCUGCGAAAACCGGAGGUAUUGGGUGGACGACAAUUGCAUCAAGGACGAAGUCUGGGUGGAAGAGCAAUACUGUCAGAAGAGCUGCUUCGAGGAGGCCCUGGCUUACGAGAACAUGGACUGCUCUCCAGGCUGGGCUGGCCUCAACUACGAAGGCUACAUCUGUUCCAUCCAUGCGGACGAGACUCGCGCCUGGGUGAAGCUGAACACUCGCGAGAGUUGUGAAGGCGAGUCCACCGAGACCUACAUGCUGAAUCCAGGCGUGUGGAAGGCGAACCCAGACAUCACCAUGACCCAGACCCUGGCGUUUGAAAUCUUCAGGCCGGGCGUGUUGAUCCUGAAGGAACCCCCCAGCGCGUGCAACUUGGGCACCAUCGUGCAAUCCAGCAAAGAGAAACCGAACCAGUUCUACAUGUUGGAGGAACGCUUGGAGCUGCUGGAGAAUACCCUCGAGAAUCCUGCGGCCACUGGUGUCACAGGUGGCAAGUGCCCCACCGUGGCGCGGACCUUCCUCAACGAGCACAGCUGCCGGCUGCUGCCCGGAUGCUUGCCUUUGGGGCAGGAGAAGCUCUCCGUGGCGCUGACUACCCAGAACCUUGAGAAGUUCUUCUCCGUGGGCGGGCGCUACGUCUUCCAGGUGUCUGGCUUGAGGACGGCCAUUUCGCCUUGCGGCGUUCCUUCUCGAUGGAAGAAGUGCAGUGGGUGCACUGCCAGCACUUUGGCAGCCGAGGAGAUCGCUCAAGUGGCCGCGGCCAUCGAGGAGGCGUCGGAGCAAGGCGACCUCCGCGACAUCGACGUCUCUUGCUCCGGGGUCCCGGCCGAGUCUGUCAUCCCAGUGGGCAGUGACUUGUUCCAGCACGUUCACAAGGAUGAAGGCAGCGUCUACGACUUCACCGACUGGACCUUGCAGCAUCCAGGUGGAGCAGCCAAGAUCAAGCAGUUCACCGGCAUGGGCUACGAGCUGGUCUACCCAUCCUGGCACCCCAUGGACCGCUGGGACAAGAGCUUCGCCACGCAAGUGAUCCAGCCCAACUACGUGGGGAAGUUCGGCUCCCAUGUGCUCUAUCACAACCUCCCGGCCACACUGCAAACCGAGGACCUCGCCCAAGCUCUGGGCGCCGCCGCGGAGGCCACGGAGUACUCGGCUGUCUGCGGCUCUCCGCAGGAGGUGGCCAACGAUCCGAGCUUGGGACAUCUGCUCUCCUUCAAGCACGGCGGCACCGACGACGUGUACUUUGAUCAGGAGUACCAUUUCUGGUGGAACCGCGAUCGGCGGGCCAAGUCCAUGGUAUGGACAAUGCAGGCGCUCUACGCGGAGGAUCAGCUGCGCCAACGAAUGGCCUGGGCGUUGUCGCAGAUCUACGUGUGCUCUGUGUCAGGAGGUGGCUAUGCUGAGAGGGCUGAGUCCUGGACGGCCUACUACGACAUCUUCGUGCGCAACGCCUUCGGAAACCUGCGUGACAUCCUGCGCCAGGUCACCUACAACCCGAUCAUGGGCGGCUACCUGACCUUUAAGGGCAACCGUGCCUUCGAUGAGACGGGCCGAUUCCCGGACGAGAACUACGCGCGGGAGAUCAUGCAGCUCUUCUCCAUCGGCCUCUGGAAGCUCAACACGGACGGGUCGCAGGUCUUGGACUCGAGCGGCCAGCCCAUUCCGACGUAUGACAACGAGCACAUCAUGAACUUUGCCCGCGUCUUCACGGGCUUCGACGAGCAGCCAAACCGUGGCAACUACGAGUACCAGGACAACAGGAACCGGAUCGAUCCCAUGCGCAUGAGGGCCAGCUGGCAUGACAAGUAUCCGAAGCCCGACCUCGAUGGCAACUACCUGGGGGACGGCUACCCUCUCUGCUCCGACCUCGCCGACCAGGCCUUCCUGGCAAAGGGCGCCCGAUUCACCUUCGUGGGCGCUGCUGUCCACUUGGACCCCGACUUGAAGCAAGGUGCCCUGGAGUUGGACAGCAGCUCCGGCCUCUACCAGGCCCUCUGCUUCCAGUCCGGCGGCAAGUGCAACUACAACCUCACUGUUGAGCUCGACCAGGCGAUCCCUUGCACCGGCAAGGAGUGCACGACCUACGAGGUGCAGCUCAUCAAUGUCUCGGGCGGGCUCUACGAGUACCUGGAGCCCACCUGCGUGAACAUGUUCUUCUUCAACGGGAGGAUCACCCGAGACUCCGGACGGCGGUGGGGCUGGUCGCAGACUUGCCGGGACCCCGAGGCUUUCGUCGGCGGCAUCGCCUGCUGCGACGGCUGCAAGAACGCAACGGAUUCCUACAUGAGAAGGAGGGACUACACCUGCGAGAACGCGGAGACGACCUAUCCCGCAAUGUUCACGGACAGGUGCAACAACAGCGACUGGUGGACAAGCAAGAAGUACUGUCAGCUUGCCUGCUGGGAGAAGGGAGUUGGCUACGGAGAUGACGACUGCAGCUACGGCCCCUGGCAUGCGGAGCGCGUUUGCAACUAUGACCAAGAGCGCGUGCGGCUGUCAACCGCAGAGAAGGUGUGCGCUGCAAAGGGCAUGAAGCUCUGCGACCAGAAGUUGGAGGGCUACGGCUGCCUCUACGACAGCAUGCAGGUGUGGACCAAGGAGACCUGCACCCACGAGGUCAUCGUCUUUGAUGAUGGCAACGUUGCCUCCAACUACACCAGCAAGACCAGGAACAACAGAUUCCAUGCCCAGUGGAAGAAUGGAUUCCCACAGAUGCAGAAUGGUCAAUGCCCAUCGGGCUGCACACCUUUCGGCAGCGCCUGCUCCUGCAGCAUGUCGGUUGAAGUCAGGGCGGUCUUCACUUCGACUCCCACAGCCUCGCAGCUUCAAGCGCUGAAGCUCGGCGCCCAUCCCCCUGCCACAGCUUGCACCAGCAGCUGCAGCGGGCCGGUGAAGGCAUACCAGCAAAACGGCGUCUUCGACGCAGAGACGGUCUUUGAGCACAAGGGCGCAUUCUACAGCAACAAGGAGAGCGUCGUGGUUUUGCCUGGCGGCUUCGAGUUCCGAAACCCACCCGCCUUCAUGCCCAACGUCUACAUGAAAGAGCAUAUCCUGGCAAAGCACGCGCUGGCUGAAGUGGAGGCCCUCCUCGACCACCUUUUCAACCAUCCCAACGUGGCGCCCUUCAUCAGCUACCGACUCAUCCAGCGCUUCGGAAACUCCAAUCCAUCCAGCGCCUAUGUGCACAGCGUCGCGGACGCCUUCAGGAAGGGAAGCUACGGCGGCAAGACGUACUCGGGCAAGUAUGGAGACCUGGCUGCGACGGCGGCGGCCAUUCUCCUGCAUCCGGAAGCCCGCAGCCCCACGCUGCCCGCGGAUGGGUCCUUGAGGGAGCCCUACCUCAAGCUGAUCCAUGUCUUGCGGGCUUUGGAGUACAAGGACACGGAUGCCAGCAUGCCGGUGCUCAAGGACCUCCAGGAUUCCAUCGGACAGCAUCCCUACAAGCAUCCCUCGGUCUUCAGCUACUACCUGCCGGAUCACAAGCCGGACAGCUUCCCCGAAGGCAAGGUGGCGCCGGAGUUCCAGAUCUUCACGCCUCCCAUGAUCAUCAACUUCCUGAACGGCAUCUCCUCCCUCGUGGACCACGGCCUCGGGGACUGCGACCGAGGCUUUGGAGAGCGCGGCCUCGCCUGCUCACAGGGCCAGCUCACGCUUGGGCAGCGGGACUGCUUGCAGCCCACUGUGGAUCAGCUGGAUCUGCUGCUGACCGGAGGCCGCCUCCACAACCAGCAGUUCAUCCGGGCUGCCUAUGAAGAGGCCAAUGGGGAGGACCGCUACAAAGUCGCCACCAAGGCCGUGCUCUUGAGCCCAGAGUUCAACACCAUCGGGACGCCGAUGCCCAAGGGCCCUCGGCCCCCGACGCAGCCGAAGCCGGAGGAGGAGCCCGGCGAGUACAAGGCCGCAGUCAUGGUCUUCCUGAAUGGCGGCGCGGACAGUUACAACAUGCUGGUGCCACUGGACUGCCCCCUCUACGACGAGUACAGGCAGGUUCGCGGCAACAUCGCCCUGGAGACCGACGAGCUGCACGCCAUCAACACGAGUGGCCAGGACUGCUCGAAGUUUGGCAUCCACCACGAGCUGAACAUCUUCAAGGAGCUCUACGACAACAAGGAGCUGGCUUUCGCAGCCAACGUCGGCUCAUUGGUCGAGAGCCUGGACAAGGCCGCCUUUUCCAACGGCUUUGGAGAGCGCUGCAUCGGCCUGUUCUCGCACAGCGACCAGCAGCGUGCGGCGCAGACCUUGACCUGCCAGUCCCCUACAGCUGCCUCCAAGGGAGCAGGUGGUCGGCUGGCUGAUGCCUUGGCUUCGGGCUCAAAGAAGCUGAAGACCAUGUCCUUCUCACUGGUCGGAAGCCAGCCGUGGCCCCAGGGCCUGGAGACCAACGCAGAGAUCAUCAACGACGGCGAGCCGAUCGGCCUGAGGAGCAAGAAGCAGCUGCAGGUGGUCAUCGACAACAUCACAAGCAUCAAGCAUGGCAACAUGUAUUGCGAGGAGUACAGCCAGAAGCUCACUGCUGCCCUGGACUUCAAUGAGCAGCUCACGAGUAGCCUGCGAAAUGCCGAGCUCGCCACGAGCUUCUCGACUGACAACCGGGGCCUCACCAGACAGCUCCGAGAGGUGGCUCGCCUCAUUGCCUCGCGCGCGGAACGCAAGGUUGAGAGGGACCUCUUCUUCGUGCAGAUCGGGGGCUUCGACAACCACCAGAGUGUGGAGAGGAACUUAGCCAACCGGUUUGACGAGGUGGACCAUGGCUUCAAAAGGUUUGUGGCCGAGAUGAAGGCGCAGAACAUGUUCGACAAGGUCGUCAUGGCGACGCACUCGGACUUCGCACGUACCCUGACCCCGAACUCCGGUGCCGGGUCGGACCAUGCCUGGGGAGGGAACUACGUCAUCGUGGGCGGCGGCAUCCAGGGUGGCAAGGUGUUCAACGACUUCCCCGCCUCCCUCCUUCCGGGGGGCGCGCAGGAUGCCGGGCGCGGGCGCCUGAUCCCCAAGUACCCUUUCGAGAACAUGAUGCUGCCCAUCGCGCAGUGGAUGGGCUUGGAAGCAGAUCAAGAAAGCGAGGUGUUUCCCAACCUGAAGAACUUCAACAGCUCGCACUUCAUCAGCCAGUCGGCGCUCUUCGUUUGA